CAAGCGAUCACUGCAAUUGAUCGGAGAGCUGAGGUCUUGAUGCUAGUCGUCCGAGUCUCUCCUAUGGAACCGCUGCCUCAGCGAGCUGAUGCAAUAUGACUAAGAUGUCAGUUCCGACACAGAGGCUGAAAGUCACAACUUAUCCCUAGUGCCAAUCAUAACUCCGUUGCACUUGUUUUGGGGACUGCGUCUCGCAGACACAAAGACAAAGCUCGGCAAUCUCAUGUUCGCAAUUGUCGUCAAUAAGGAGGCACCAUGAGCGGUGAACUUUGGCGACUGACGGCCACUGAGAUUCUCUCCAAGAUCCGCGCCGGGGAGUGCACAGUUCAAGAGUAUGCUCGCUCGCUCUUGCAGCGCAUCGAAGCGAGAGAUGAUGCUGUCCAAGCAUGGGCAUAUAUAGACCCCCAGUCAGUGAUCGAGCAAGCAGAAGCACUCGAUGCUAUCCCUCCGCAUGAGCGUGGUUCAUUGCACGGCGUAGCGAUAGCAGUCAAAGAUGUGAUCUUCACCAAAGACAUGCCAACACAAUUCAACUCCGCAAUCUACGACAACGACGCUCCCCAACUCGACGCCGGCUCCGUGGCCAUCCUUCGAAAAGCAGGCGCCUUGAUCUUCGGCAAGACAACAACCACGGAAUUCGCUGCAACCACGACCGGACCAAAGACAAGAAAUCCUCACGACCCGAAUCGAACUCCAGGAGGUUCCUCAUCAGGUUCUGGUGCCGCAGUAGGCGACUUCCAAGUCCCCAUCGCACUCGGCACCCAGACCGGCGGUAGCACCAUUCGUCCUGGCUCAUACAAUAGCAUCUACGCCUUCAAGCCAACCUGGAACGCCAUCACUCGCGAAGGCCAGAAAAUCUACUCGUUGAUCCUCGAUACCCUAGGUCUCUACGCACGUAGCAUAGAAGACCUAGAACUCCUCGCAGAAGUCUUCGCCAUCCACGAUGAUACUCCACCUCCUCGGGACUUCGCCAUCAAAGGAUCAGAGUUCGCCAUCCUGAAAACCAUGAUCUGGUCAAAGAUCGGACCAGGAAGUGCCGCCGCAAUGGAGAAAGCCGUCUCUCUACUUCGUGCCCAAGAUGCCGAAGUAGAAGAAAUCGAACUUCCAGAGCACUUGAACGACCUGCCCGCUUGGCACGACAUCGUACUCAGAUCUGAUGGCCGGCCAGCAUUCCUACCAGAGUACACCAUAGCCAAAGACCGAUUGUCAGAUGAACUCUACGGGCACGUCGAGAAUCGCGAGAAAAUCUCGCAUGAAGCGCAAUUAGAAGCCUUUGAUAAAAUCUCAGCUGCCAGGCCAGUGGUUGAUGAGAUUCUCAGUCGAUACGCUGCAGUUCUGACUCCGAGUGUGCCAGAUGAAGCGCCGUUAGGAAUCGAGAAAACCGGAAGUGCUGCGUUUUGUUUGAUAUGGACCGCGCUCCAUGUUCCGGUAACCAAUGUUCCAGGUUUCAAAGGCGAGAAUGGUAUGCCUAUCGGUAUCUCUCUUGUCGCGCCUCGCUACCACGACAGACAUCUCCUCGCGGUCAGCACAAAGGUCGGCGAAGUUUUCGAAGCCGAGGGAGGCUGGAAAAGAGCACUGGAGCCUUCCUCAAAGCUUUGAGCGAGAACAAAAGGCAAGAGAUAGAAAGAAGGUCAGAUUGUCGCGUGUCACGAACGAAUCGUGCCAAGCGGACAACUAUUGUUGCUAGCGCGCUACGUCAGCCCA